UUGUGGAUCCAACACAAGAUGAUCCGUUGGUUUCUGUGAUCCUGGUGAGUCUGCUGCCCCUCGUUGUGAUGGGGAUCAUUGUCGUGGGGAUGCUCUACUGGUACCGAGCCUAUCGCCAACGCGUCCUCAGCCGAGAAUGGGAGAGCAGCAUCAAGAAACGCAAGCCAAAAGCAGGGCUGGACUGCAGCGACGCCUGUGCCAUCAUGAUGGAUGACGAUAGGUCCGACACCAGCUCGACGCACGCCAACAGCCUGAAUCACAACACUGAGCCGCUGCCUAUAGACCUGGAUCUGCUGGUGGGAAAGGGUCGAUUUGCUCAGGUGUACAAAGGUAAGCUGAAGCAGACCACGUCAGACCAGUUUGAAACAGUGGCUGUGAAGAUCUUCCCCUGUGAGGAGUACGCCUCCUGGAAGAAUGAGAAGGACAUCUUCUCCAACACCGACCUCCGACAUGAAAACGUCCUCCACUUCCUGACAGCAGAGGAGAGGAAAGUAGAGAAACAGUACUGGCUCAUCACUGCCUUCCACCCUCGAGGAAACCUACAGGAGCACCUGACGCAUAAUGUGAUCAGCUGGGAGGAGCUGCAGGUGCUGGCCAGCUCUUUGUCCCUGGGUGUCGCUCACCUUCACAGUGACCGCCUCCCCUGUGGACGGCCGAAGGUUGCCAUAGUCCACCGAGACCUGAAGAGCUCAAACAUCCUGGUGAAGAACGACCUGACGUGCUGCCUGUGUGACUUCGGGCUGGGACUCAGUCUGGACAGCAGCCUGUCGGUGGAUGACCUCGCCAACAGUGGACAGGUGGGCACAGCGCGUUACAUGGCUCCAGAGGUGCUGGAGGCCCGGCUGAACCUGGAGAAUAUGGAGUCCUUCAAACAGACCGACAUCUACUCCAUGGCGCUGGUGCUUUGGGAGAUGACAUCAAGGUGUAAAGCUAUCGGAGAGGUGAAGGACUACGAGCCUGCGUACGGCUCUAAAGUGCGAGAGCACCCCUGUGUGGAGAGCAUGAAGGACAACGUGCUGAGAGACAGAGGCAGACCUGAGAUCCCCGACAGCUGGCUCAGGCAUCAGGGUGUGGCAGUGGUCUGUGCCACCAUCAUGGAGUGCUGGGAUCAUGACCCCGAGGCCCGACUCACCGCCCACUGCGUCGCUGAACGCAUCACAGAGUUGGAGGACGAGAUGGACAAACUGUCCAACCGCAGCUCCUCAGAGGAGAAGAUCCCCGACGAGCAGAAGAUCCCGACGGACGUGGAGAUCCCAGAGAUGGUGAAAAUCACAGAAAUACAGGACAUCAUAGCCGUGGACUGCUCUGUCAGCGACGAGAAGUGAGAGGAAGCUCUGCGUACAUGGAUUUAUCACCAAGGGCACUUAUUUUACUUCUAUGGGAUUGAAGAGAGAAAUCUCAUCCGUGAUUUCCAGGAGCUGAGCUCCUGAAUCGCAGGGUUUUUAAGUUUUGGUUACAGUGUCAUUUAUUAUUCUCACCCAGCAAAGAGGGUCUCUGGGUUUUGCUUGUGGACUUAAUUGCUUCUAUAUUGUAACUACUUGCCUUAAUCAGCUGAAAAGCUAAAGAGCCAAAAAGCCAAAGUUAACUGGAAGCUUCCAAAGAUGUGCAGAGCAUGGAGACAGUAUUUUUUUUUAACAGUCAGACAGGCUUCUCUCUUGUUACGAGAAACAAAACAGGGCAAUAACUGUUAAACCAAAGACAUUGGAUGUGCACUUUACCAAAUGAGCAUUACAGAUAUGAGUCUGUUUCUAUUGUCAUGUAUUCUGACACGUUGGAGUCGAAGGGAGUUUUCUCCGAGAAGUGUCCUUAUGUGUUUGACUUGAGCCAGCAGUGAUGUGCCUAAUGAAGCUGUGGGCUCUUUACCCAGCAACAGGAAUCCAAAGGAAAAUGUGUGUGUGUGUGUGUGUGUUUGUGUACGUGUGACAGUGUGUGUAAAAGGUGUGUUCAGACUAAAAGCGUUGUAGGUUUUUCAUGGGGCACGAUUACAUACAGAGGAACUCACAAAAAAAACAGACAAAUCCUGUUGAGUUGACACGAGGUCAUGCUGCAAUGUGACUAGAAAAAAUUAUCAGCCAUGAGAUUGUGCUGACAGAGACCCCCCCCGUCCUGUUUCACCAGCAGGGACAGAGUUGGCAGUAGAUGAGUGUAAGCCAAUAAACAAAACAAAAAAACAAUAUUCUGCAAUCAAUUUAAAUUUUGCCUGUUUGCCAAAGAAAAAAAAAAUGGUUUGGAAGGUCUGUUGGUUCUCUUUCAGUCGUUCUCUCAGAGACAUCACUUUGUAAGCGUCACUGAGACUGUCUCUCCUUCCCGUCGUGAUGUCAGGGCUAACGGUUGGACAGGAAGGAGAUCCCUAAAAAAAAAAAACAUGUAUGAAACAUGUUUGAGCAUAAACAGGCUCCUGCCCAUGUGAACAGAAAGCUGAGAACAACAAAUCCAGGGGGAAGUUAUUACUCCACAAUAUAUUAAGAUCGAGCAUAUUAGAUUUCUGCAUCUUCAGAAUGUCCCAUAAUUGUUCCUUUAAACCUCAUCAACUCUAUACAGUUUGGGUUGUUGCAGUGUGACUUUACUGCACAUAAUGAAAGUUCAACCCAUGGGAAACAGUAGAUGGGCACUCCACAGCUGAACACGUGCAGUUAAUGUUUAUUUGAAAAAUCCUGGUAAUAAGCAGAGACUGACUUACCGAAAAGGACGUCAAAUUGGUCAACCUUAAGUGGCUUAUCCAGACACAGUUCUUGUGUAACAAAGCCAGUCAUGACCAUCUUGUAAGGGCCAAAGUGAUUGGGUCGUGUUUCUCGAUUCUGCAGUCAAACUCUCACAGGUGACAUAAAGCAAACAACCUCUUCUCUUUUGGUCUGAACACAGUGAAGCGUGUGUUUUUUUAUUACCCAGCUAUACUUAAAAACCUUGUUUGCCAGAAAAGGCGAGCACAAUGUAAAUAAGACAAUAACUGUAAAUAAGAGAGAAAUCAGCCAAAAAAGGGAAAGACUUCUUCCUCCUUGGUUUCUUUGAAUUCAGAGAUGAAAAGUCCUCAUGGAGAUGUAUUAUAAAGCCAUUUUCUAUGUUUUCUGUCUAUAUCAACAGGAGUGUGCCAAAGAUAUUAUAUCCUGCCUUCAAUACGGUUUGUGUCAUAUGUAAAAUAGUGUAAAUCUUUUAUGAAUUAAAGAUAUUUCUGUAUACUGAG